CACGCGCGCAAUUAGCACUGAUAACAAGAUAACAGCUUUACCAUCUGAUAAGAAACACAUUCAUCAACCGGCAAGUUCAUUAUGAAACCAUAAUCCCGAAAACUGCGGUGGAAAUUUGUGAAAUAAUGUAAUUUAAGAAAAAAAAAUUGUGAUCUGUGUGGUGAAGAUUGAUUCGGAUAAUAUAUUGUCAGUAAAAUUUAUGGAAAAUACUGUAUCAAUCAUUAAGGAAAAAGUUAAUAAAACAAUAAGUGUUAAUUAAAGACAUAAACUCGAAGAUUUCACUACAAAAGGCAUAAAAGUUUUUGCAAUGAGUAAUAUCUAAAACGAACAAGAAAUCAGUAAGCAAAUUGAAGUAAUUACACCACUCAAAUUAAUAAAUAUGGAUGGCAGUAACUGUAACAAUGAAUAUGAAAAGCUCAACGAAAUAUAUGAUGAAUGUUUAACUUACCUAAAAAAUGCGAAAUCUAAUAAUUAUGAUGAAAACAUACCACUAAUUGAUGAAAUAGACGGAGAGCAUGAAGCAUUUAAUAAAGAAUUGGGGAAUUAUAGACAUGAGAUUAUAUGUGAUACGAUUUUGGAAGAACCGGAUUAUGCAACGAUUAAAGAUAAAGAUGACAAGCGAGAAACUUCCAUUAUUGAAGUAACUAAAAAUGAAUCAAAUCCAAAAUUUGUCGUGAAACUUAAUGGUGAACAUGGAAAAACAAUUGGCAGAAAUACAACGGAAGGUGAUUACGAAAAUUGUGUUAACGACAUAGAAAAUUCUGAUGAUGAAACUUCAGACGACGAUCCAGGAUACGAACCGCUUAGACCUAAACCAGUUGCAGAAGUAAAAAAUGAAAUAUUCAAAGAACAAAAUGUUAAUUUCAAGAUUGUAAAUGAAAUGGCAGGGGCGGAAAGUGUGAAUAGUGUGACGUCAUUGCCUGAAUUAAAAUCGGAAAGGUUGAGGAGAUUGUCGGAGCAAUUGCCAAAAAUUGUUAUUACACAGAGCGACACUAGUUUGAGUUUGUCGAAGAGGGAACGCGAAGUGAAGAAAGAGGUUCUUAAAAUAGAAAAGAAGCAAAUACCGAUUUAUCGUAACCAACCCCUCCACGCUCGUCGGGGUGGGUACGGUGACUACCCCAAGAGGCUGGUGUCCAAGGCCGGCCUGGAGAACGUUGCUCUGAUAUCCAACGUGCCCUACGAGAGGAUCCGGCUGCUGAAUGAUACAUUUCACACGUUGAUAAACCUGCGCUGGCGUUGGAUAGUGAUGGGAACCGUCGUGGUCCAUUUCGCCAUCUGGUUAGUCUUCGCGGUGUUCUGGUACAUCACCGCAUUGGCCCACUACGACUUCGACCCUAACCCACCAAAAAAGACCUGUGUGACCGGUGGAAAAGACUUUGUGACAAUAUUCUUGGCGUCCGUUGAGGCUCAGACAACAAUCGGUUUUGGAGACAGAGCUAUAGACGAAGAAUGUCCUGAAUCCAUAUUCCUAUUCAUUAUGCAGCUCAUCUUGGGGACUGGACUGUCUGGAGUCCUGACCUGCGUGGUGUACGCCAAGUUGACCAGGCCGGAGAAAUUGUCCAGGGACGGCGUUGGUUUCAGCAAGAACGCGGUGAUCAGCAUGCGAGACGGUCGCCUGUGCCUGAUGAUGCGCGCUUGGGAUCUCAACUACGACCACAUCAUCAGCUCGGAGUUCAAUGCUCAUUUUGUCAACACACACAGGACCAAAGAAGGCGAGACCCUCAGAUUCUACGCCCAGACCUUGGAGCUCCAGCAUCGGCAGUUCCUCCUAUGGCCUGUGACCCUGGUACACGUGAUAGACCAGGAUAGCCCGCUGUUUGGUUACACUCCGGACCAGAUUUCUAAUACCAACUACGAGAUCACACUAAGUCUGAAGGGCGCUUCAGCGUCAAUGGGCACCUUUACGCAAAGCCAGACCUCGUACCUACCCCGGGAAGUCAUUUGGGGCCACCGCUUUUUACCAGUCGUCAAAUACGACAGCAAGAAGCAGAAAUACGUGAUAGACCACGGUAAAUUGGACGCCACCGAGUUUGUUGACACUCCUUUUUGCAGCGCCAGCGAACUGAUCAGUUCAGUAAAAGAUGAAUCUGAAUCAACCCAGUGCCCUGGGACCCCAAGCAGUUUCACCGACAAGAUAUCAGCCUUCCAUCUCGAGAGAACGUCAUCUUUCAAAAGGAAAGGACAAAAAUCAUGAGAUAUUAUUAUAUUCAUAUUAUUAUCACGUCUAUAUCCCUUACGGGGUAGACAGAGCCAACAGUCUUGAAAAGACUGAUAGGCUACGUUCAGCUAUUUGGCUUUAAGAUAGAAUUGAGAUUCAAAUAGUGACAGGUUGCUAGCCCAUCGCCUAAAAGAAGAAUCCCAAGUUCAUAAGCCCAUCCCUUAGUCGCCUUUUACGACAUCCAUGGAAAAGAGAUAUAGUGGCUCUAUUCUUUUUUCUAUUGGUGCCAGGAACCACACGGCACAGAUAUUAUUAUAAUAAACAUACAUAAUCGUGCCUCUUUACCGGAGGUUUAGGCAGAAAUUAAGAUAAAUCACACUGAUGAAGGUGGCCCUAAAAAGAGCCCUGAAUUAAGUUUGAAACUGAUGUUAUAGACCAUCAUAACGACACUAUAAUUUAAAAUGUAGGUAUAUAAUAUUGGUAGAAAAAAUGAAAUCAACAUACAUACAUACAUAAAAUCACGCCUCUUUCCCGGAGGGGUAGGCAGAGACUACCUCUUUCCACUUGCCACGAUCUCUGCAUACUUCUUUCGCUUCGUCCACAUUCAUAACUCUCUUCAUACAAGCUCGGCGGUUUCGGGUACUUUUGACCUGACCCUUUACCAGGACGUCCUUAAUUUGAUCAAGAUACGUUCGUCUAGGUCUUCCCACUCCGACCUUUCCCUCCACACUCUCCUUGUAUAUCUGCUUAGUCAACCUGCUUUCAUUCAUCCUCUCCACAUGACCGAACCAUCUUAACAUACCCUUUUCUAUUCCUGUAACUACAUCUUCUUUCACAUCACAACAUUCCCUUAUCACGCUGUUCCUUAUCCUGUCACUCAAUUUCACACCCAUCAUACUCCUUAACGCUCUCAUUUCCACUGCAUUUAUUCUGCUUCUUUUGCCAUACCCAACU